UCAGCUCAAGGGCAUUGAGGAUGCCUUGGACAGCUCCGUCGGUGAUGCCUGGGACUUCACUCUCGAUCCCAUCUCCUUACAAUUCCUGCCUUAUGAGCAGACCAGUAUCCUGGAGCUGAUCAAGACGGAUAAUAAGAUCUUCAACAAGGUGAUGACAGUAUUCGCCAGUCUCUGUUGUGAGAUGAACACACUGAAGCAUGAGGCUGAAAUGAAGUUCUACCCAGGUGUAAUGUUCUAUGGAGAAGGAGAGCCCGAGACAGGUCUUGAGGAAGGUGAAGCCCAGGUACAGAUGGGUCGCAUGAUGCCCUUCAUGCAGGAAACGUCUUGCUUCAUCAACCGCUGUUACGAGGUCAUCAAAACCACAAUACACCAGCUGGCGUCAUUGUACAACAACUCAAAAACUGCGCCAAAGAUAAUUGAUGUGACCCAUGUACACUUACAAACAGUGUAUGAGCAUCUUGGGGACAUGCUGCGUGUGCUUAUCACCCUGGAUGAGAUUGUAGCUAACCAGUCUACUCUCAAGGAUCACUGGACACUCUACAAGAGAAUGCUGAAAUCUGUUCAUCACAAUCCCACCCGUUUUGGAGUGGAAGAAUCCAAACUCCGCCCAUUUGAGAAGCUUCUGAUGGGCCUGCAAGGUCAACUGCUGGACGGGAUGAUUUUUCAGAAUUGUGUGGAGCAGGGCUUUGACAACAACAGUGUACUCGUCUCCAAGAACUCCUUCUUUGCCGAGGAAUUUGCCUUCAACAUUCGCAACAUGUUCACCCAAGUGGACCCAAAGAUCGGCGAAAUCAACGAGAUCAACCAGCGGCUGCAGUAUGUAGGCAUCUGCGGUCUGUACGUCCUCCACUUCCAAAUAUUCCGUGUCAUCGACAAGAAGAUGUUCAAGUCUCUCUGGGAUGUCUACCGAAGGGUGCCAGCCAUCACGCUGACAGCCAACAUCGUCUGGUCAGCCAAUCAGUUCCUUCUCAAGAGUCUAUCUCCUCACAUUGCCCGGCUACUGGACAAGAAAUCCCAGCAGUCGGUGGUGCAGUCCACCCAGGGAUACCUGCAGCAGAAGAGCCAAAGUCUGGUCAGAGAGGUGCAAGUGUACUACAUGCAGGUGUGUUCCUGGAUGAUCAAGAUGGAGUCCAGCCUGACAGCAGCCAGCACAGUCAUGGAAGAUCUCACACACAAGUGCAAUCUCUUCAUUCAUGGUCUUCUGUUUGCCUACAAUAUCAGUAACCUGGUGCGUACCGUCAUGAACCUGCAUGCCCACAUGAACAAGCCCAUGACCAAAACGGCUGUCCUGGCCCUCUGUCGUCUCAUUGAAAUGCUCAAGUCUAUUGAGCACACCUUCCAUCGGAGGACCAUGCUGGUAGCAGAGUCUAUCACUCACAUCAUCCAGUAUCUGCAGUUUUCGGCAUUGGCGCUGGUCAAUGGAGCAAAGAAGCGUAUCAUCUCCGACAAGAAAUACAGCGAGAAGAGAUUGGAUGCCUUGUCUGCUCUUGUUCUGGUGGAGAACGCACUCAGUGGCACAGCCACAAAGGAGAGAAGACUGAUCGCAAACCUUGCGCUGCAUGUUGGCACUCAGAUGAAAGCCUUCAAGGAGGAUGAGCUGGCCUCGUACCGUACCACCAUGAACAAACUCUUCCUCAUCAGCGACCUCAGGGAAAAGUUGCGAGAGGCCUGUGACUGUAGCUUCCUGUAUUGGCAUCGGGUUGUCUUCCCUCUCUAUCUGGCCGAUCGAUUUGAGAAUGCCGUAGAUGCCCACAGACUUCACUACAUGUUCGGUGCGCUAGCAGACUGUGUACCCCCGAUCAUCCAGUCCAAGCACCUCGAGUCUCCACAGCUGCUACUGGACUCCUUUGACAAAGAAAUCAACACUCAGUUUAGAGAGCACCUGUUGGAUCCUCUGUGCCGUUCCGUGGAGACAGACCUCCGUCUUUCCAUCCACAACCACCUGCAGCUAGACAGUCGCAAUCCCUUCCGCGUCCCCCUGCAGGACAUGUCCCACUUCAUCAAGAUGAGACCCAUACGCUUCUUCAACAACUUCCUGGACAUCAAAGCUGCCGUCACCCACUACCUGGACAAGACCUUCUAUAACUUGACGACAGUUGCCUUGCAUGACUGGAAGACCUACGCCGAGAUGCGUAACCUAGCCUCCCAGAAGUACGGCCUGACCAUGACAGAGGCUCACCUACCCACACAGACCCUGGAACAGGGCCUUGAUGUAUUGGAGAUAAUGCGCAACAUUCACAUCUUUGUGUCCAAGUAUCUGUACAAUGUCAACAAUCAGAUCUUCGUGGAGCGUUCCAGCAACAACAAGCACCUGAACACCAUCAACAUCCGGCACGUCUCCAACUCCAUCCGCACCCACGGCACGGGCAUCAUGAACACCACCGUCAACUUCACCUACCAGUUCCUGCGCAAGAAGUUCUUCAUCUUCUCUCAGUUCAUGUACGACGAGCACAUCAAGUCCAGACUGCUCAAGGACCUGCGUUACUUCAAAGAGAACAAGGUUGAGAUUCACCAGAUGUACCCGUUUGAGAGAGCCGAUAAGUUCAACAAGGGGAUCCGCAAGCUGGGACUGACGCCGGACGGUGACAGCUACCUGGACCAGUUCCGCAAUCUCAUCUGUCAGAUCGGAAAUGCCAUGGGAUACAUCAGAAUGGUCCGGUCUGGAGGCCUGCGCUGCUGCAGCAAUGCCAUCAGGUUUGUGCCUGAUCUUGACGACAUUGUCCAAUUUGAGGAACUUGUCUCCGAGGAGAACUUGUCCGAAGAAGCUAAGACGGCCGCCAAAAAUCUGGACAGCGUGAUCGGCAAUCUGACGAAGAAUUUCGCCGAGGGAACAGAGUACUUCAAGAUGCUUGUGGAUGUCUUCGCUCCAGAGUUCCGAAGCUCCAAGAACAUGCACUUGCGACACUUCUUCAUGAUCCUUCCUCCCCUGUCGUUGAACUUUGUUGAGCACUCCAUCAACUGCAAGGACAAACUCAGCAAGAAGAACAAAAUAGGGGCCGCCUUCACCGACGAUGGAUUUGCAAUGGGUGUGGCUUACAUCCUGAAGUUGCUAGACCAGUAUAAUGAGUUUGAUUCCCUGCACUGGUUCCACUCAGUCAGUUUCAAGUACAAGAAGGAGAAGGAGACUGUGAAGAAACAACAGGCUAACGAUGAGAAACUCCAGCAGACAGUCAGCCUGACUAUCAAGAGACUGGACACGUACCAGAGAGAGUUUGACCUGCUGUACUACAGUCUUAGCAGUGCUCGCAUCUUCUUCCGUGCCGACAAGACGGCCGCUGAAGAACAAGAAGAAACAAAGGAAAAGGAAAAGGAAGAAGCUGCAGCAGAGGAGGACAGUGAGAGCCAACAAGGAGCAUUACCAGAGGCACCCAACAACCAAGCGGCCAUCCAAGCCCCACCACAAGCUACUCUCCCUGCUAUCAUGCCCAGCUAAACACUGCCAAGGGGUGAAGGACAGUUCUGCCAAGGAGAUGAUGACAUCAGGUUAUGUCAUGUACAAGUUGUGGAGUUAAGAUAAAAGGGUAUAAAGAGGGGGUAUUUUUGACCAGGGGGGAUUCGGGGGAGGUGGGGGUUUGGGGAAGAGAGCUUGACCACUCUUUAUCAAACAUUAACCUUGAGUCCGACUAGGGUAGAUGCUAUGCUGCAAACAUAGUAAGUACAUGAUCAUGUCAUAAGUAAUUGUGACCGGCACCACAAAAAAGGGUAUUAAGUCGCGCUGAGCUUUAUUGUGCAAUGGCCCACUCAAUAUUGAGAGGGUGAACAUUUCGUCAAAAUGUGAUUUU